AUGUGGAGGAUGCUGAUCAGAUUGCGAAUAAGGCCGUAUUUAUUAAUAUUUAUUAAUUGCAUAGCAGUUUGUGGCGCUCAAUCUCCUCUAUAUCGUGCUUGGGAAGAUACAUUUCCAGGCCAAGUUCCUUUUUGGGAAAAAUAUAAUACAGGCCCUUAUGGAGUGGUCAUUCGAGGUUGGCAAUUCAGUCGUUGUGCAAGCGAACAAUGGACAGAUUAUAUUGUGAAUGUGUCAAAAAUUGUUAUUUGGCCUCAUUUUCCACGUUUUCCUGGCCCAGUUUAUUUUAAUGUUACAAUGGAUGUCAAUGAAGAACUCUCGUUCGACACAAUCGAACUUGACCUUGAGGUUCGUCAUGCAGUGACAAAUAAGCAAGGAUCGAAGGGUUGGCAGGUGAUUCCUUGUCAAGGUUGGAAUAUACUCGAUGGUUGUGAUGGAGUUGGAUCAUGGUAUUCAUUUUAUAUUCAAAUGAGCCAUUUGAUUAGGAAAGAAGGGAAAGCAAAAGGGAAUGACUGUAAAAAUUGCACUUAA